AUGAGAGACAACAACACUCCGGAUGAUGCUGAAGACCAAGAAAACCCCGUCGAGCAAAACUCCGAACAAGACGAUCGGGAGGAUGGGCAAGUUAGCCUUGAUGAACAGGCUGCAAACGAAGACUCGGAGGACAGUUAUUACCUUCCAGCCUCCGAGGAUGAGUGCAAGGGAGGGCACCUGACCUGCGCGGACUGCCGCGUCGAGCGCCCCGGGAACCAGCGACAGUGCCAGAAGUGCGAGCGCGGCGGUGGCUUCGAUGUGCGGAACACGGCGGUGGACUCCGUCCUUUCGUCAAGCGUGUGUCCGCUCGCGCCCUACAAAUGCCCCGUGCCUGUCUGCGGCUACGAAGGCCCGCCGCCGGUGCUCUACCACCACAUCAGCACCGCACAUCCCAUGCCCGUGCAUAGGAUCCAGUACGGCAAGGUGCUCUGGCUGCAAGUGCCACUGUCGGAGCCACGGCUCUUGCUGUUCGCGGAGGAGGACCGCCGCGCGUUUUUCUUGGUCGGUGGCGUGCUCGACAUUGGCGCGCCUAUCGCCGUGUCGGUCGUCUGCAUCAGAGCGGGGGCGUCCCCACUGCCGCACUACGUGGCCAAGCUGUGGGCGAACGGCCCGCCGGGGGAGCCCAAAGGCACGACCGAUGCCGUCAAGGUGGAAAUGGAGGUGACAAGCAACAAGGAUCCCGGUGACGUCGACGUGCAGGAGCUGACCUUCUUGACAGUUCCGCCCAAGCUGCUGGCCGGGGCUAAGCUUUUGUCCCUCCACAUUCAGAUUGACAAGCUCACGUCCUAA